AUGGUGAUUUUACGCCUCUUCUUCCUGCUAUCCCUCGCGUUCGCGAAGUCUCCGGUCGUUGACCUGGGCUACACCAGCUAUGAGGGCCGCUCACUCGGCGGUGGCAUCUCACAAUGGCUCGGCGUACGCUACGCUGCUCCACCGGUGGGCGACUUGCGCUUUGCAGCGCCCCAGGAUCCCCUCGUAGAGAAAGGGAUCCAGCAGGCAAACAAACAUGGCGAUGUCUGCAUCCCAGUUUCCGACAAGCUGAACCAGGCUGUACCAUCGGGCACCUCGGAAGACUGCCUUUUUAUGGAUAUUUACACCCCCACGCACGCGCUCAAAUCGGACAAGAAACUGCCAGUAUACUUUUUCAUCCAGGGAGGAGGCUUCGCCCACCUUUCUAAUCAGAACUACAAUGGGUCAGGCUUGGUUGAGGCCUCGGACUUUAACAUCGUUGUCGUCACUUUCAACUACCGAGUGGGGCCCUACGGCUUUCUCGCCGGCGCAGAAGUUGACGAAGGGGCGAGUCUCAACAAUGGUCUGAAGGAUCAGAUCAAGGCCCUCGAGUGGGUGCAAAAGUAUAUUACCAAGUUCGGCGGUGAUCCGGAUCAGGUUGUUAUCGGCGGCGACAGUGCAGGAGGUGCCUCCGUGACUCUCCUGCUUUCUGCAAAUGGCGGGCGCGACGACAAGCUGUUCGUCGGAGCUGCCGCGGAAUCUCAAAGCUUUGCAAACAUGCUCAAUGUCACCGAGAGCCAAUUUGCCUAUGACAGACUGGCCCAGCGGACGGGCUGUGACGAGAGUACGGACUCGCUCGAAUGUCUACGAAACCUCGAUAUCAGUGAUCUGCAGGCACAAAACAUCAAGACACCCUACCCAGGUGCACCCGGCAAUCCGUUGUACCUAUAUGGCCCAACCGUCGACCAAGGACUCGUCGAAGACCACACAUACAAACUCUUCCAUGCGGGCAAAUUCAUCAAGGUCCCCGUGAUCUUCGGCGACGAUACGGAUGAAGGCACCAUCUUCGUCCCCAAGGAUACCGCCAGCGUCUCCGAUGCUGACAAGUUCAUCACCAACCAAUUCCCAACCAUCACCAAGGCCCAACUGUCCAAGAUCAACGGCAUGUACCUCACCAAGAACCAGACGCGCUCGUUCCCCCACGCAAAGCCCUAUUGGCGCCCGGCCAGCAACGCCUACGGUGAGAUACGCUACAUCUGCCCCGGCAUAGACAUGUCCUCCGUGUACGCAGAAGCCGGCUUACCCAGCUGGAACUACCACUAUGCGGUACUCGAUCCAUGGGCCGAAGGGAACGGCACCGGCACCUCGCACACAGUCGAGGUAAAUGCCAUCUGGGGACCCAGCCACGUUAGCGGCGUGCCGCCCGAGUCGUACUGGACCACAAAUGCCAACAUCGUUCCUGUGAUGCAGGGCUACUGGACGAGUUUCGUCCGGUCUUUGGACCCGAAUAAAUACCGGCAUCCUGGGAGUCCGGAGUGGAAGACUUGGGGAAAGGGCAAGGAUGCGUUCCAGCGGAUCUUUAUCCGCACGAAUGCGACGCGGAUGGAGAGAGUUCCGAAGGUGCAGCAGGAGCGGUGUAAAUAUUUGGUCAGUAUUGGGGAGGCUUUGAGGCAGUAG